CAGUGCCUGAAUGAUUCAUUUGAAGUGCUUCGAUGCGGUGGGGUAGGAACACAGUCGCAUUUUUUUUUGUCUUUUCUUUUUUUCCUCUCAACUGAGAGAACUUGAACAAAAUGACGACAGCUCCCGCUGAUGCCGAGUGCAGCUUAUAGUCUUCAAUCCGAGACGAGUGUCAAUGGACUGCCUGAACUUGACCGAUGAGACCGCGCCGGCCCGGCACCCGUACACCGCUCAGACCUCGGCGCCUCUCACCCUCCUGGUGGGCGUCCUCAUCCUGCUCACCGUCUUUGGCAACGUGAUGGUGGUCAUCGCCGUGACCACCAGCCGUGCCCUCAGAGCCCCACAGAACUUAUUCCUGCUUUCUCUGGCGUGUGCCGACAUCCUGGUGGCCACGUCGGUGAUGCCUUUCUCCCUGGCCAACGAACUGAUGGGUUACUGGUACUUUGGCAAGGUGUGGUGCGAAAUCUACCUGGCGCUAGAUGUGUUUUUCUGCACUUCGUCCAUCGUCCACCUGUGCGCCAUAAGCCUGGAUCGAUACUGGUCCAUCACUCGUGCCAUUGAGUACAACCUGAGAAGGACGCCGCACCGGAUCAAAUGCACCAUCUUCGUCGUUUGGUUGCUGGCCGCCCUUAUCUCCUUCCCGCCACUGAUCACCAUGAAUAAGGACAAAGGUCAAGAGGACCGACCACAAUGUGAAAUCAAUGACGAGAAGUGGUACAUUAUCUUCUCCAGCACCGCCUCCUUCUUCGCGCCUUGCGCCAUCAUGGUCCUGGUCUACGUGAGGAUCUACCAGGUGGCCAAACUGAGGACAAGAACCCCGCCGGGUGAAAGGUCACGAGAAAACAGACGCCCGGAGCGUGAGGAAGCCGAGGUCAACGGGGAGUUCGGCGACGACUCGUCAUCCGACGGCCACGAAAUAACCUUGUGCUCCCUGAAAAAGAGGCGGCCCGCCCGGACGGCCGAGUGGAGCCCAGAGAAUCCCGGAGAAGCCGCCCCAAAGUCGGAGGCCGACUCCCGCCGCUGGAAAGGAAGACAGCGGCGAGAGAAACGCUUCACGUUAGUGCUGGCCGUGGUGGUGGGAGUGUUCGUCCUGUGCUGGCUCCCUUUCUUCUUCACGUACACGCUCACGGCCGUGUGCGCGUGCUGCGUGCCCGAGACGCUCUUCAAGAUGUUCUUCUGGUUGGGCUACUGCAACAGCUCCCUCAACCCGCUCAUCUACACCAUAUUCAAUAACGACUUCCGCAGGUCCUUUAAAAAGAUCCUCUGCAGGAAAAGCCAGGCGGAUUUAUAAGAGGACGCGACUUGGAAGAUCAUUUGAUGGUGCAUGUCGAAAUGUAAACUCCACAGUAUUUACUGAACGCGACGGUUGAUGUGCCGUUGGUUCUGUCCCAUGUGUGUGUGUGUGUGUGUGUGUGUAUCUGUUACUAAAUACGGUACACGCUCCGAAACAUUAAAUAAUAUAUGCAAAACAUCUCUAUCAUGAUAUGUAUGUUAAUUAUAUAUCAUUCUUACAUACACUUAGCAGGCAUACAUCACAUGCAAUCUUAUCGUGAGAGGCAUGUGACAUUUCUGCGAACUUAGGAUGAAGUCCGAAAAUGUGGUUCCUUGCUUG